AUGUCGUGGCUGUCGUCACUCAAGAAACCCGCCAUUUUGCGAACUUGCCGAGUUACAAUCACUCACAACCUCAGACGAACAUUUGCAACCGUCAACAUGACAGCCAAUCGGGAUCCCAGCACUCUCUCCAACUACGGAGCUUGGCGGACUCGCCAUACAACUGCCAACUUCAAGAUCGACUUUGAGGAGAAGGCACUCAAGGGCUCUGUUGUUCUCCAGCUUGAGUCACAGACAGAUAAAGAGAGCAAGGAGAUCAUUCUUGACUCCCGAUACGUGGACAUUUCCACCAUCCAUAUCAACUCCAACGAGUCUAAGUGGGAACUGAAGGACUACAAUGCGCCCCUCGGUGCCCCUCUCCAUAUCUCUGUGCCUGGGGGAGUUGCCAAGGGCGAGCUGAUUGAUCUCUCUAUUGAGCUCCAAACAACAAGCAAAUGUACUGCUCUUCAGUGGCUCACUCCUGCUCAGACCUCCAACAAGAAGCAUCCGUAUAUGUUUUCUCAAUGCCAGGCCAUUAACGCUCGCUCUAUUUUCCCUUGCCAGGACACUCCUGAUGUGAAGUCAACUUUCACCUUCAAACUUACUUCAUCUCUGCCAGUUGUCGCAAGUGGUGUUCCUGUGGGAGACCACAAGGCUACGCCCGGCGAGGAGAAGCUAUACGAGUUUGAGCAGAAGGUUCCUAUUCCCUCUUAUCUCUUUGCUGUAGCCUCUGGCGAUAUUGCAACUGCCUCUAUCGGUCCCCGAAGCAUCGUUGCCACUGGCCCCAACGAGCUCGAAGAGUGCAAGUGGGAGCUCGAGCGUGAUAUGGAGAAGUUCAUGGAGGUGGCAGAGAAGCUUGUAUUCCCUUAUAAGUGGGGAGCAUACAACGUUCUUGUCUUGCCCCCAAGCUUCCCAUACGGAGGCAUGGAGAACCCCAUCUACACAUUUGCUACACCCACAAUCAUCAGUGGCGAUCGUCAAAAUGUAGAUGUUAUUGCCCAUGAGCUGAGUCACAGCUGGAGCGGUAACUUGGUCUCCAACGCCAGCUGGGAGCAUUUCUGGUUAAACGAGGGAUGGACAAUGUACCUUGAGCGUCGCAUCCAAGCCGUUAUCCAUGGUGACGCCGAGUUUGACUUCUCUGCCAUCAUCGGAUGGCAAGCUCUUGAGGAUGCUGUGGAACUUUUUGGAAAGGACCAUGAAUACACCAAGCUCAUCAUCAAGCACGAGGGUGUUGACCCCGAGGACGUCUACAGUACGGUUGCGUACGAGAAGGGCUUCCACUUCAUCUACUAUCUGGAAGGUGUCGUUGGUCGGGAGAACUUUGACAAGUUUAUUCCCUUCUACUUCACCAAGUGGUCUGGCAAGUCUCUUGAUUCGUUUGAGUUCAAGCAAACCUUCCUUGACUUCUUCAACGGCCUUGGAAGCGAGGAGAUUUCUAAGAAAAUCUCAAAGAUUGAUUGGGAAGACAAGUUCUACACACCCGGUCUGCCUCCCAAGCCUGAGUUUGACACAACAUUGGCAAACCAGUGCUACGACCUUGCAAGCAAGUGGAAAGAUACCAACUUUGAGCCCAGCGCAAAGGACCUUGAGGACUUCACUGCAAACCAGAAGCUUGUCUUCCUGGCUGAAGUACAGCAGUCCGGUGAAUUGACCGCAGACCGAGCUCAACUUAUGGGCAAGACCUACGACUUUUUGUCAUCAAAGAACGUCGAGAUUCUGUCAGCGUACUAUCUGGUUGCGCUCAAGGCGCAGGAUUCCGCCAUUUACCAAGAUGCCGCUACGCUGCUUGGACGGGUUGGUCGAAUGAAGUUUGUCCGUCCUCUGUUCCGUGCUCUUAACAAGGUGGACAGACAGCUGGCAUUGGACACCUUUGAGAAGAACAAGGACUUUUACCAUCCCAUUUGCAAGGGUAUGGUUGAGAAAGAUCUAGGUCUCUAG